CUAUUAUUGAAAUAUUGCGCAAGUACAAUGAGGACAAUCAGUUGGAUGCGAAGGUAAAAUCAGAGAACGUUUUUAGUUUAGCAGCAGGCAAGAUAAAAUCAACAAACAAAACGCCUACAAUCAGUAAUUCAACUGAUAUUACAUUGAUGGGAAAUUCAAAUCAGGAGGAAAAUAUACGCGAGGACGUGAGAGUUUCGCGACCUAAUGCUCCCGAUAUAGUGUAUCGGUGGAAACCUAUGAUAGCAUCGAGUACUCUGGCUAGCGAAAACGAAUUUAUUCCUACAACAAGUAUGCCAAAAGGCACGGCAGGAUCAUCUACACCGAGCGUAUCCGAAAAUACAGUUCCAGAUAUGAUGGGAAUUGGUAAAGCCCAUGUUAGUAACGAAGCUUCAUUAACUACGCAAGGUAGUUCCAACAGACAAAGAAAUGACUUUACAUUAAAGAAAAAUACUGUUAUGAAUGCUGUGCAUGAAGAUCCGUCAUCAUUUUCUGGACUAAGCUUUAGUUCAACCUCCACUCUGCCUAAUAUGGAUGAAACUACUCUUACGCCCAUCGAGUGGACCGCGAUCCCUUCGACUGUUCAAAUCACGAAACCUGUAACACAAUCAUCCAGCACAAUUAUUUCCACUAUAAGUAGAACAACAACUCUUCCGACAACAACAACGAUUAACUAUGCUUCUAGCAUUUCCCACACUACACCCAAGCUAAGCACCACAACAUCUAUGUUAACUAGCAUACCGUUUUCAUUCACAAAUAUGCCACGUAAACCAACAACUACGGUGCGCCCUAUCACAACACAAAGAACCCGUACAACAACAUUCUCGGAUGCUGAGGAUUUAGCAUUCUUGCGGCAACUAGCAAGAUUCCUGAACGGAGGACAGUCAUCUUCGAACAGUCAGAGAAAAACAACAAAAAAGACCACUACUACCUCAAUAAAACCGACUACAACAACUGCUAGCAGUACCACUACUACCACAACUACAACCACUAUAAGCACAACUACACCGAAAACAACCACAACAACACCGAAACCAACGACAACACCGAGCUUAAGCACGGUCAUCAUUGACAACGAUGAUCCAGCCUUUCUAAAUGAUGUGCGUAAAUUGCCCAACUUUGCUACGCCAAAUCCUCUUGUCGAUACACCCCUGGCUAAUAGAAUACUUCAAUUGGCAAUACAAAGAGAUCCCAAAAGUAUUGCACGAUUACCACUGAAAACUGAAAAUGAGUUUCCAUCCAUCGAAAAGCUUCGCACGGAAAAUCAGUCCAAAGAAAUUUUCAAACCGACCACAUUGUCUCCGGAGGAAAUAGAGAAAACAAAAAAGCAGCUGAAUCGUGAGGUACAGCAGUAUAACAAUGAUUUGAAACUUCUUUCAAAUCUACUGGGAAGACCCAUUACCGAAAAAGAUAUACCAAAUCUUACCAAGCAGCUGGGAACAGGUGGGUCAGGACCGUUAUUUGCCAACACUGGACUAUCCGCCAUGAGAACUACGACUGCAGCACCAACAACAAUAAGAACAACAAUCUCGAAUAAAGUUCGUCGUCCGACCUCUACAGCAGAUGCUGAGCUGUUGAAGCAACUGCUUCUUACACAGCAAGAGCAACACAACAGUAGUCCAGCCGUAAUUGAGAGCCCAGACUUUUAUGGCAAAACUAAUGAAGCAAUUUUGGCCGCAGUUCUAAAGCAACGUGGUAUAGGUCCGUCAAACACGAAUGGAGAUAUCGAAGACAUUUUGGCGCAAAUAACUCCAAAUGUUCAGACGGCUACAUUACCUUCAAAAAUUAUCACAACUUCCCGAACCACUCCGAGACGCACUCGUCCCCCGCAACCACCACCUUUACGAUCACAAAGUCCAAUUCUAGACGGUUUGAGCUGGCUAUGGCGUGAAUGGCAAGCGACUGCUCCACAAUCACGCAAUCGAGUUCUUAGCCCUGGGGCUAGUGCCACUAAUGUUCGAUCUGGAACAUUUGGAUUGAGCGGUGGCGGUGGAGGGCUGAGAGGCAGGACCACGUCUUUAACGCAAUCGUACGGAGAUGAGGGACUAGAUCCGGAUGCGAAACCAAUCAACCCAAGUGUGACCGAAGAACCUGCAUCCUUGUUUGGCGGGUUUGGCAUAAAUCCCGGAGGCCAACUGUUGAAUGCAGCGAUCGGCGUAACUCGUGCUGUAUCGCAGUUCCUAGGUGUGGCGCUACAGGGUGCGGCUAAAUCGUUUACUUCCGCAUUUCGCCCACAGCCAGCCGCUGGUGAACCAUUGGAUGACCUAAGCUACUAUCGUUCCAGCGGAAGAUAAACGCUUCAGCUUUCCCGACAAUCUAGUUGAUUGGCUUCAAAACCGAUACCCUCUGAUUUACAGGCGAGGAUUGACACGAUCAACCCGUUGGCAGGCCCCAGGGCCUGCCAGUAAAGCUUUCCAAAUGCCGGUGGCAAUCCUCAGGGCCUGCCAUUGGUCCUUUGUUGGGGAUGCAACAAACAGUGCGAACAAAUUUACUCUACCCAUAUGUAUAGCAGUGGUGCGUAGGUAGAAUAAUCGCAUUAUAUGAACUAUUGCGAUUGACAAAAAUAUCAUCGCACACACAACAAUAUUGAUGAAUAGAGUAUAGUUGAAAUUAUAGCAAAAAACUCAAUUUUGCUGCAUGCAUAUUUGGUUCAAAAUCAACAGCUUGCGCCGGUGAUGCCGGAGGAACGGAAAGUUUAUUAAAAUCAGUACCGGCCGGAACGUGUUAAGCAGUUUGCAAACUAAGCGGUCGCGUGGGCCCUUUAGGUCUCAAGGGGCGGAGAAAAAGAACACACCCCGGCUCACAAGUAAAUUUGCUUCGCAGUCCUUCCUCAACAAAUUUCACGCUCGACAACUCAGAAAGACCUACAUUGACCACUUAAGGGUUUCUCUCGUGUUAAUCCGCUACUGCUAAUGUAAAUAAUUUCCAAAUCCUACUCUUAAAAUUCAAUUAGCAGCACUCGAACAUUGCAGUUGCUACUUCCUGUGAAUAUUACUAAAAUAGUUUCAGUAAAGGAAACUGAUGAAAAGGAAAAUAGAGGUAAAGUUUAAAGCCUAAACUUGGUAAACAAACAAAACUUAGUGAGCUAAUACUUGAUAAGACUGUAUCAUCUGAACAUUAAAGUUACUUUUUUGCUGUGUG